GUAUGGCAACUGACGACUACUGUCAUCCCUGACACAACUCCCAGGGGGGUGGGAAUCAACUUGACUUCUGGCUCCAGCCGCACCCAGUCCGGAGUCCUCUGACAUUGACAUCCUUCUGUUCGGGCUAGAGGCCCCUCUUUGGAACGAGAUCUGGAGAAUACAGUCCAACCUCCGGCCUUAACUCAGCUGGUGCUUGAGAGACUGAGCGUGUCCUGUACAACAGCCUGGCAGAGAAUUAUUUUGGCCUUGGCAUCUAGACCUUUCCCUUCUCCCCCAUGGCCCUGACAAUGCUGAACGAGCUCCUCACGGAGGACCCAAGCCCGCCUAUGCUUCUGUACCAGGUUAGCAAGACUGCCAAGUUAGAUACCCUCAACUAUCAGAGCUGCUUUAUGCAGAGUGUCUUUGCCCAUUUCCCUGAGAUCUUAUUUAUCCACCGGACCUAUAACCCAACGGGCAAGGUAUUAUAUACCUUCCUGGUGGAUGGUCCUCGGGUGCAGCUGGAGGCCCACCUCGCCCGAGCAGUCUACCUUGCCAUUCCUGCCAAGGAGGAUGCUGAAGGCCUGGCCCAGAUGUUCCAGGUGUUCAAGAAGUUUAACCCAGCUUGGGAGAGAAUCUGUACUAUCCUAGCGGAUCCCUGCUUCCUCCCUAUGCCCACCCUAGCCAUGGAGUUCCCCGCAGCUGAGGUCCUGCCAUCGGCCUUCCACAUCUGCAAGUUCCUCCAGGCUAAGUUCUAUCAGCUUUCCCUCGAGCAGCCCGUGGAGCAGGUGCUCCUGACCUCCCUGCAGAGCACAAUGUGCUCAGCCACCGCUGGCAACCUGAGGAAGCUGUAUGCACUCCUGAUCAACUAUAUCCCCCCGGACCAGCUGCCCAAGCUCCACUCGUACUGGCUGCUCAAUGACCGCAUCUGGCUGGCCCACCGGUGGAGAAGCCGAGCUGAGAGCAGCCGCUACUUCCAGGGCCUGGAGGUCACCACCCGCAUCCUCAGCCAGUUCUUCGGGACCACCCCAUCUGUGGAACAGGGCAUGACCUCCCUGCUCCGAUACAUGCAGCAGAAUUCUGGAGACAAGGCAGGCUUCAGCCUGGGCCUGAGUCCCCAGAACAAUUGUUCCACCUCAGACAUCAGCCCCCAAAUCCCCAAAGUGGAGCAGCUGGUAGAAGCUUGCAUCCAGCAGUCCCUCAGUACCAUCUGCACAGGGCCAGCAGCCCAGCUCUGCCUGGGUGAGCUCGCUGUGGUCCAGAAGUCCGUGCACCUUGUUGGCUCUGGCUCAGAAGAGGUGAACGUACAGAUCCUGGAAGACACCCACAGGGUGCAGCCCCAGCCCCCUGCCAGCUGCAGCUGCUACUUUAACCAGGCCUUCCGCCUGCCCUGCCGCCACAUCCUAGCCAUGCUCAGCGCCCGCUGCCAGGUGCUCCAGCCCAGCAUGCUGCCUCCUCAGUGGACGGAUGGCUGUGCUGCAGAGCUAAAUGACAUCCUGGGCAGCAAGUGGAAUGAGACCCUGGAUAAGCACUUGGCCGUGGCUCUCCUCACGGAGGAGGUGGGUCAGCUCCUGCAGCACUGCAGCCAGGAGGAGUUUGAACGGCGGUACAGCACCCUGCGGGAACUGGCCGACAGCUGGAUCGGCCCUUACGAGCAGGUCCAACUGUGAUUCCCCUCCAGGCCAAGAGAUGCUCGUACCCAGGUACUCGCAUCCUCCCCUACACACACACACACACACAGUUACACUUCUAAGGACGCUUCCUCCAAGAAAGGACAAGCGUCUUCUAGUCUGCCACAGCCUGGUACCUACAAUAUGUCUAGUUCCCUAAGCCAAGAGUCAGCAAACCUUUUCUGUAAAGGACCUGACAGUAAAUUAUUUUAGGCUUUGCUGGCCAUAUAUA